GGGGGAAGAUGCAAAGCAGAAACAUGCUAGUCAAAUGCUUUAUAGCUAUUUAUUGCUUUUCUUUUGUUAAUAGUGAUGGACCAGUUCGGAGUAUGACCACAUUCUUUAACCCUGGUUGUGAGACACAGAAAUGUCCAGAAUGCAGUCCUGGUCUUGCUUAUAUUGUGUCCAAGGGAGAUAAUGACAUUCUGCACUAUAUAAUAUCAGCGAUAGGAGGCCCACCUUCUGCAUUAGUUAUUCAGACUAACAAACCAAAAGGCAAAUAUCAGCUUCAAAUUGACUGUAGAAAGAUUGCAUCUAAGAAUGAAACAGAGAGAAGGGAGGCUAUAAUCAAACCAGAUGGUGUAAAAGAGAUAUACUCAUUUGGAGUUGUGUUUACGAGGCUGUUCCAGUACAAUGACACAGCUGACAAAGCUGAUAUAAAUUACUACAACGUCAACAGUACUGCAUGGAGAGUGUAUGACUUUGACGUGUUUGAGUGGCAGGACUUAUCAAUGUGGUCAUCCAAUGAUUUCAUAGUGAUGAAGGUCAAAAAUAGUGGAGAGGUGAUAGACCGGGCUUUAUACAAUGGAUCUUUAGUACUACAGUUUCACUUGUUUGAUCACAGUGACAGAUCUACAGAGUUACCCCAUCUUCAGUAUGAUGCUGAGUCCACCCAGAUUGAUUUUACUCUCCAGGACAUAGACACAGGAAACUCCUCCUCAGCUAGGUGGGGUCUAGAGACAGUUCUUUUAGGGCAAGACUCUGCAGUCACACCCAUGUCCAUUGUCACUAAGAAGUCUGUAGAUGAUGAGUACACCCCUGGAGUCUUUCAGGUAUCUAACUGGUUAACUCGGCCAAGAAAUGAAGACAAUGGAGGCUAUUUACAGUGGAAGCCUGUUUGUUACUUAAAGUCUGCCCGGGCUCGCUCAGUAGCUACUAAAGUUGAAACUACUGGACUCUCAUCUACUGAAUAUAUAGAUAGUUUUCUGAACAGCAGUAUUUUAUAUUCAUAUUUCUCUGAUAUUCAGAUAAUAUCAAGAUAUGCAACAAAUUUCACAUUUGGUCUGGAAAAAGAUGGUGGAUUUACUAAAACUAAUUAUACUUCCUGGACUGCUCAGCUUGGCUAUGGUGCCCCUCCCAUGGACAAAGUUUCCUCCCUCGUGGUGGGGGUGAUAUCAGCGGGGUUAGGUAUACCUGUCGUCAUCAUCAUGUUUGGGGGACUAUUUGUGGUCAUCAAAAAGAAGACUUCCAAGGGAGAGUAUACUGAUCUAGACAGUGAUCAAUCUACAAUACAGUGAGAGAAAAGACAAAGUAUUCAAGACUUGCUUCCAAAUUUCUAAAAUACUCCUGACCAAGAGAAUUUUUGGUGCUCAGAUGAAAGAGUGGAAAAAUUUUCAAAAGUCAUGAUUCAUUUUUAUCAACAUGUGAGUUUUGUUUGAAAGGCCAUUUAAUAGAAUACUCGAAGAGAGCUGAUUGUUUUUCAUUACCAUGACCACUACUAUUUCAUUCUUAGCUCUCUUUGCAUUACGCAUCUGUGCAGGGGGGAUGUGCCUAUUUAAGGAUAAAUAACACAAACAAACUUUUUUCCAGAAAUUAGCUAUAUUUCUCAUAGAUUUAUAUUUAAAUAGGUAACCUAAAUAAUGUUUGCCAGGUAAAAAGGGAGAAUUUUGCAAGAUAUUUUCACAAUGUUUAAAAUGUGUGCAAAAUUGUGUAUAGAAUUACAUAGAAAAUGACACAAAAUCACAUAUUUCAGCACCAAAGAAAACAUACAAUUUCUUUAAUUUUAAGGGAUUUAUUUAAUAUGUCAUUUUUAUUCCAAAUCAGUCAAAAAAUUAUAUUUAGCCAUGCAUCCAAAUUUUUUGUGUCUUGUAUCCUUAAGUGGACAUAAAAUGCAGUUUAUUUUUCAUGAGAGCAAGACUUCAGACAUGUUGUAGAUUAGUAGCUACAUGUACUUGUAAGAAAAAAGAAUUCUCUUAUAUAAAUGCAGAUUAUAUUUGUUCUUAUUUGAAUCCUGUAUUUAUUAGUUUUUUCACAUAUACAAAAAUGAUUUUGAGAAUAUAAUUAUAUAAUGUUGAUGUUUGUGAAAUUGCUUUAUGAAGAAAUUUGUCUCGUUUAUUCCUGCUGAAAUAUACAGUUAUUUGAACAUGUGUAAACAUGUCACUUACCGGGGGUAUUAAUUAUUAUAUGUUCCUACAUGACGAAUCUCCAAUAAAUGCAUAUUUCUCUUUGAAUAUUUAUUGAAAAUAACAAGUUUUCUUUUAAUUGAAUUAAUAUUUUGCUUUCAGGAAUAUAAAGAAUAUUAAAUAUAUACAAUGUUCACACAUAUAUAUUAUGAUAUGAACAAUUAGAUUUUAAUUACAUGUACAUGUAUUACAUGUAUAUGUUGAUAGCGACACAUCCCUUUUGUUUUGGUGCCAUAUACAGUCAAAUCUUGCUAUCUCGAACUCGAUAGGACUGAGAAAAAACUUUGAGAUAUCCAAAGGAUUCAAGAUGUCAAGGGUAAAAUACUUAGAGAAUAAGUGGUUGGGGACUUCCAGAUCACUUCAACACAUCCAUGGUAUUAGAGAUAUCAGUGUUCGAGAUACCAAAGUUCAACUGUACAUAUACAUGUAUAUAUUUUUUAUAAUUCUCUGAAAAAUUUAACACUUCAUUUAUUUGUUUAAUUCUACUCAUCACAUGUUGUUUUAAUAUAUGCAGUUAUUACUGGGUAUGUACUUCUUAAUUUUUUUUUAUCUUUGUACAUUCAAUUGUAGUAAGUUUUAGUUAGAUAUUUAGAUUUAGGAGAUGAAAGUGGUGCUGUAAAUUGUGAUAUGUAAAAGGAUGGAGACAUAACAUUCCAAUCUCUAGUUUCAUCAGUAUAAGUUUUGUGUUUUUCAGUAAUUGGAUCAACAAAUUCCUGAGUUUACAAAUGUCUUGCUUUAUGAAAUUCUGUACAUCUGUAUUAUGAGCAUGAUAAGAUAAGUUGAUCCCGAAUGUCCAUGAUUCCUCCAUUACUUUGUCUGAGUGAGUUGUGUCUUUAAUAUGUCAACACUAGAACUCAAGUUAAUCAGGUCAGCUGAUACACAGAGAUGUUUCCCUGAUAUUCUAGUAUCAAUGUUCAGAACUUUGAUGUUCAGUUAUAUACAUGUUGCGAAUAAAAGAACUUAAGAUUCUCUA